CUGGGGCGGCGAGGCGUCGCGUGGCCGGCAGGCGGCGCGCUGCCAGGCUCGGCCUCGGCCUGCGCGGCGGCGGCGGCGGCGGCGGCGGCGGCGGCGGCCUGGGCCCGGGUGCGGCGGUGGCGGUGGCGUGGUGGCAGCGGGGCCUGGAGCCGGACCUAAGAUGGCAGCGGCGGCAGCGACGGCGGUGGGGCCGGGUGCGGGGAGCGCUGGGGUGGCGGGCCCGGGCGGCGCGGGGCCCUGCGCGACAGUGUCGGUGUUCCCCGGCGCCCGCCUCCUCACUAUCGGCGACGCGAACGGCGAGAUCCAGCGGCACGCGGAGCAGCAGGCGCUGCGCCUCGAGGUGCGCGCCGGACCCGACGCGGCGGGCAUCGCCCUCUACAGCCAUGAAGAUGUGUGUGUGUUCAAGUGCUCAGUGUCCCGAGAGACAGAGUGCAGCCGUGUGGGCAGACAGUCCUUCAUCAUCACACUGGGCUGCAACAGCGUCCUCAUCCAGUUCGCCACACCCCACGAUUUCUGUUCUUUCUACAACAUCCUGAAAACCUGUCGGGGCCACACCCUGGAGCGCUCUGUGUUCAGCGAGCGGACAGAGGAAUCCUCAGCUGUGCAGUACUUCCAGUUUUAUGGCUACCUGUCCCAGCAGCAGAACAUGAUGCAGGACUAUGUGCGAACAGGCACCUACCAGCGUGCAAUCCUGCAGAACCACACUGAUUUCAAGGACAAGAUCGUUCUAGAUGUGGGCUGUGGCUCUGGAAUCCUGUCAUUUUUUGCUGCUCAAGCAGGAGCCAGGAAAAUUUACGCAGUGGAAGCCAGCACCAUGGCUCAGCAUGCAGAGGUCCUGGUGAAGAGUAACAAUCUGACAGACCGCAUCGUGGUCAUCCCUGGCAAAGUAGAGGAGGUCUCACUGCCUGAGCAAGUGGACAUUAUCAUCUCAGAGCCCAUGGGCUACAUGCUCUUCAACGAACGUAUGCUUGAGAGCUACCUCCAUGCCAAAAAGUACCUGAAGCCCAGUGGAAACAUGUUCCCCACCAUUGGUGACGUCCACCUCGCACCCUUCACCGAUGAACAGCUCUACAUGGAGCAGUUCACCAAAGCCAACUUCUGGUACCAGCCAUCUUUCCAUGGAGUGGACCUGUCGGCCCUCCGAGGCGCCGCUGUGGAUGAGUACUUCCGGCAACCUGUGGUGGACACAUUUGACAUCCGGAUCCUGAUGGCCAAAUCUGUCAAGUAUACGGUGAACUUCUUAGAAGCCAAAGAAGGCGAUUUGCACAGGAUAGAAAUCCCAUUCAAAUUCCACAUGCUGCAUUCAGGGCUGGUCCAUGGCUUGGCCUUCUGGUUCGAUGUUGCAUUCAUUGGCUCCAUAAUGACCGUGUGGCUAUCCACAGCCCCAACAGAGCCCCUGACCCACUGGUACCAGGUCCGGUGCCUCUUCCAGUCACCGUUGUUUGCCAAGGCCGGGGACACGCUCUCAGGGACAUGUCUGCUUAUUGCCAACAAAAGACAGAGCUAUGACAUCAGUAUUGUGGCACAGGUGGACCAGACAGGCUCCAAAUCCAGUAACCUGCUGGAUCUAAAGAACCCCUUCUUCAGGUACACAGGUACAACCCCAUCACCCCCACCUGGUUCACACUACACGUCUCCCUCCGAGAACAUGUGGAACACGGGAAGCACCUACAAUCUCAGCAGCGGGGUGGCUGUGGCUGGAAUGCCUACUGCCUAUGACCUGAGCAGUGUUAUUGCCGGCGGCUCCAGUGUGGGUCACAACAACCUGAUUCCCUUAGCCAACACAGGGAUUGUCAAUCACACCCACUCCCGGAUGGGCUCCAUAAUGAGCACGGGCAUUGUCCAAGGCUCCUCAGGUGCCCAGGGAGGCGGCGGUAGCUCCAGUGCUCACUAUGCAGUCAACAACCAGUUCACCAUGGGUGGCCCUGCCAUCUCUAUGGCCUCGCCCAUGUCCAUCCCGACCAACACCAUGCACUAUGGGAGUUAGGUGCCUCCAGCCUCGACAGCACUGCGCACUGACAGCACCAGGAAACCAAAUGAAGUCCAGGCCCGGCACAGCCAGUGGCUGUCCCCCUUGUUCUGGAGAAGCGUGAACACCCGGUCACAGCCCUCUUUGCUAUGGGAACUUGGACAUUUUUUUACACGAUGUCGCCGCUGCCCUCAAGUACCCCCAGCCCAACCUCUGGUCCCAAGCGCGUGUUGCUGCCAUACUUUACAUGAGAUCCUGGGGCAGCCCUCAUCCUGUUCUGUACUCUCCACUCUGACCUGGCUUUGACAUCUGCUGGAAGAGGCAAGUCCUCCCCCCACCCUUACAGCUGCACCUGACCAGGCAGGAGGAGGCCAGCAGCUGCCACCACAGAUCUGGCAGCACCCAAUCCCACAACCCGUCCUUGCACCUCCCCUCACCUGGGGUAGCAGCACAGCCAGCUGGACCUCUCCUUCAACUACAAGGCCACAUGGUCACCAUGGGCGUGACAUGCUGCUUUUUUUAAUUUUAUUUUUUUACGAAAAGAACCAGUGUCAACCCACAGACCCUCUGAGAAACCCGGCUGGCCGGGCCAAGCCAGCAGCCCCUGUCCCUAGGCCCAGAGGUUCUAGGUGAGGGGUGGCCCUGCCGAGCCUUCAGGGCAGGCGCAGCCCCCUCCCACCAAAGGGUUCACCUCAAACUUGAAUGUACAAACCACCCAGCUGUCCAAAGGCCUAGCCCCUGCUUUCUGCUACUGUCCUGUCCUGAGCCCUGAAGGUCCCUCCUCCAUCAAAAGCUGGAACAGGCAGCCCAGAGUGAGUCACUGUGGGCUACUGGGGCAGACAAGAAACCUCAAAGAUCUGUCACAGAAGGAAGGCAUCCUCUCCUGAUAGCUAACAUAGGCCUGUGUGUUCCCUCCACAUUCAUGUUCCAAUUACUCCUCUCUCAAGACAGCAUCCCUGGGAAGGGGCCUAGUAGGGACCUCCCCAGACAAAAAGGAAAGCAAACAAGGAAGGAUGAUUAAUAAGCACAGGCAGUUUCCCCUGUUCCCUCACCCUAGAGUCCCCACCUCAAUGGCCACAGCUCAGGCUGGGCCUUUGCCUGCCACAGGUACCCCUUGGCAAAGGCUGGAGCUGCUCUGUGCCACCCCCCUGACCUUUCAGGGAAUCAGAGGGUCCUCAGGUGGCUGGGAAAACAGGCUCUCUCCUGUCCAUCAGUAAUAUUCCCUGCUCGGCUGCCCCUCCCCACCUUUAUAUAAAUUCUCUGGAUCACCUUUGCAUAGAAAAUAAAAGUGUUUGCUUUGUAAGAAAA